CAACGUUUCCCAACUUCGACUCCGCUCCUCUUCAAUUCAAACAGUCAACAACCCCGCCUUACAAACACCAAACCACACAACGAAUCCACUAAACCGAACAAGCGACUACAAUGCCAGCAGUGAUGUCCCAUGUGCCGCCUCUGGUGGAAGAGGCGUCGCAGCAAGCAUGGGUAGAAGCAUCUCUUGAUCAACAACUCAUCUCAGGCCAACUCAAAGGACAAAAAGCCCUACAAGCCGAAUUGCUCUCUAGGCGUCUUCAACAUCUUACUCAUGCUCACCCCAAGAAUCCUAUUCUGGCGUUCCACAGCAGGGGAGUGAUAUUCAAUAUAUUCGCGCCUUUGGUGACUCAGACUGCACGCGUCAUUAGAGAUCAAGUGGAUAAUCAUCCAUCUCCUACGCUCUACAGGGAGUGCCUCGACAUUGCGCUCGAUUUUCACCCAUUCAUAGUGCAGUGUGCUGUUUCCUGGUGGAAAAGUAUGAACCUCGAAGUCGGCAAGGAGAAGCGAUUGUCUUGUGCACAUGCCGUCGAACUUCCCCAAGACCCCAACGAAGUCAAUUUCACCGCCCGCAUUUCAAGCUUCAAAGUUCUAUUGGAACUCCAUGAUAUUGCCCUUCACUUCCAGUACGAACCACUUCAAGCUACCAUUCUCUCAAAGUUCCGGCACGACAUCAACCAUGGCAACGUCUCCAUGCUGGAGAUGGAGGAGGGCAUUCGUGUCGCAUACGGUCGUUCCUCGUCGGAUAGAAAUGGUCAGGUUCUGCGCCAAGUCUUCCUCACUGGACUCCUAUUCUUCUGGAACUCGAUUGAGGAAUUCGUUGACGUUCAUACUUUGACCACCGAUUUCCCAGAGUUGGUCUCCGAUCUUCGUCAUGGGGAAAUUUGGAUCCAGCAGAACCAAUCUCGAUUGCUCACCCCUCGCCAUACCUAG